UUCCCGGCGAGCACGCAGGAUCCGCUCCUGGUUUUGCUGCUCCGUUCCCAUCGCAGCGUAUACCUACCCUGACUCUCAACACUCACAGCAUUGCUGUGCAAGCAGAUGUUCCUUCUCCGGUGCCAAUCCUUACCAUUUUCAGCAUUUGGAGAGGGUAUUCUUUUGCGGGAAAGGCUGCAAAAGUGACAAGAAACAACCGAAACUACCUCCCUCCUCCUCCAUCCUCGGCGCAUGUGAGAGAGAGGGAGAGUUGUGAGAAGACAGCUUUUUUUUUUUUUUCCUCCCUCCCUCCUCCUGGAGAAAUACAGUAGAGUCCGACCCGCGAGCGGCGAGCAAAGGAAAGCAGCUUUAUUUACCACACCUGUGAUGCGUUGUUCUGAGCAACGAAGACGCACGACCGGGAUACAGAUGGCCACGGUACGGCGGGAGGAUAUGUGUUGAGGAAAAAGAAAAAGAAAGAAAAAGGACUUGGGCGUUGUGAAAAAAAAAAGGCGUUAUUAAGUGCUACAGAGGACACUCUCUCCGGACCUUUAAAAAAAAAAAAAAGCGUGCCAGCGUGUCUUCUCCGCUCCUUUGCCUUUUAAAACUUAGGUGAUAAUAAAAAAUAAAAUAAAAAACACGAAGAUGCCCGUACUUCUGGGCCCCUUUGUCCGCUGUAGAUCCAGCGCUACGCUCCUUGUGUUCUGCAUCGUCUUUGCUGGAUUCACCUGCACUGGCGCCGAGCACACCGCUACAGCGACGCUUCCUGCCGCCUUCUCGGACCUGUUGCCUCACUUCCUGGUGGAGCCAGAGGACGAGUUCAUUGUGAAGAACAAGCCCGUGACGUUGACCUGCCGCUCCACCCCGGCCACGCAGAUCUACUUCAAGUGCAACGGCGAGUGGGUUCACCAGGACGACCACUUGAUUGAGCGGACUGUUGACCCAGCCACAGCGCUGCCAGUCAUGCAGGUGACAAUUGACAUCACCAGACAGCAGGUGGAGAAGAUCUUCGGUCUCGAUCAGUACUGGUGUCAGUGUGUUGCCUGGAGCACCACGGGAACCCAGAAGAGCCAAAAAGCGUACAUCAAAAUUGCUUACCUGAGAAAGAACUUUGAGGAGGAGCCGCAGGGUAAAGAGGUGGCAUUGGACCAGGAGGUGUUACUGCGCUGCCAUCCCCCCGAGGGAGUGCCAGAAGCCGAGGUGGAGUGGCAGAGAAACGAGGAUAUUGUCAACCCAGUGAGCGACCCCAAUUUUUUCAUCACGGCUGACCAUAAUCUCGUCAUCAAAAAAGCCCGGCUGGCGGACACGGGCAACUACACGUGUGUUGCCAAAAACAUCGUCGCUCGCCGCAAAAGCACCUCCGCCACGGUCCUAGUCUAUGUCAACGGCGGCUGGUCCACGUGGACCACCUGGUCGUCCUGCAGUGCCGUGUGUGGGCGUGGCUGGCAGAAGAGGAGUCGGAGCUGCACCAACCCCACGCCACUGAAUGGAGGCACAUCCUGUGAGGGGCAGAACGUCCAGAAAAGUGCCUGCGUGGCCACCUGUCCAGUAGAUGGAGGCUGGAGCGAGUGGAGCAAGUGGUCGGCGUGUGGUGCAGAUUGUUCAAUGUGGAGGAGCAGGGAGUGCACCCAGCCCUCACCUGGCACCGGGGGCAAAGAUUGCCAGGGGCUCGACUUCCAGUCUCUCAACUGUACCAGCGAGCAGUGCCCACAGACCGUGAGCGGGGCCGAGGACGUGGCGCUCUACGUGGGCAUGGUGGCGGUGGCUCUGUGUCUGACUCUGCUUCUCAUCGUGGUGGUCCUCGUCUACCGGCGCAAGAAGGAGGGCCUGGAUGCCGAUGUGGCAGACUCCUCCAUCCUCACCACUGGCUUCCAGCCCAUGGGCAUCAAGCCCAGCAAGCCAGGUGUGUGGGCACCGCGGCCACGCAGGCCUCCCCCCCACAGCAAGAAUUCCCAUUUGCUCACCAUCCAGCCUGAUCUAACCACUACCACCACCAGUUACCAAGGCACCCUCCGCUCUCGCCACGAUACCACUGGGAAGUUUUCAAUGACCAACGGGCCUCUGCUGGACCCGCUUCCCAACGGCUCGCACACGUUGCACAACGGCAAGCUUAACUCGGACCCCGCUGAGUUUGUGAGCAGGCUGUCCACUCAGACCUACUUUAAAACGCUGCCCCGUGACGUAGCUAACACCUCCUAUGGGACCUUCAACUUUCUGGGAGGGAGGCUGACGAUCCCCAGCACAGGAAUCAGUCUGCUCAUUCCUCCCGAGGCCAUCCCCAGGGGAAAGAUCUAUGAGAUUUAUCUCACUGUUCAGAGAAAGGAAGAUUUAAGGUUACCCCUGGCUGGCUGCCAGACCCUACUCAGCCCCGUUGUGAGUUGUGGCCCUCCUGGGGUGGUCCUGAGCCGUCCAGUUAUCCUCAGCAUGGACCACUGCUCUGACGCUUGCCUCGAUAACUGGGCCAUCCGCCUCAAGAAGCAGAACUACGAGGGCGCUUGGGAGGACGUCCUGCUGAUGGGCGAGGAGCUGGUGUCGGAGCCCUAUUACUGCCAGCUCGAGACCGAGACAUGCCGGCUUUUCUCGGAGCAGCUGGGCACCCUCGCCCUGGUGGGUGAGUCCCUGCACAUGGGCGCUGCCAAGCGUCUGAGGCUGGUGCUCUUCUCCGACGCCUACUGCUCCACGCUGGAGUACAACAUCAGGGUCUACUGCAUGGAUGACACACAGGACGUCUUCAAGGAGGUGAUGCAGAUGGAGCGGCAGCUCGGGGGUCGCCUGAUUGACGAGCCCCACGUCCUGCUUUUCAAAGACAGCUACCACAACCUGCGCCUGUCCAUCCAUGACAUGCCCCAGGCGCACUGGAGGAGCAAGCUGUUAGCCGGCUACCAGGAGAUCCCGUUCUACCACAUCUGGAACGGUUCCCAGCGGUACCUGCACUGCACAUUCACUCUGGAGCGACUCAGCCUCAGCACCUGUGAGCUCACCUGCCAGCUGUGCGUGUGGCAGGUGGAGGGGGAAGGACAGAGCUUUAGCCUCGACUUUAACAUUGCCAAGGACACCCGAGCUGUGGACACUGAGUUUCUGCUAAUGGACAGUAACGCCACAGCUCUGGCAGGGCCCAGCGCCUUUCAGAUCCCAUACCUCAUCAGGCAGAAGAUCUGCAGCAGCCUGGAUGCCCCAUGUCCCAACGGAGCCGACUGGAGAAUGCUAGCACAAAGACUUAAACUGGAGAGACACAUGAGUUUCUUUGCAUCCAAAGUGAGCCCAACCUCUGUGAUCCUGGACCUGUGGGAGGCACAACAUUUCCACAGCGGCAACAUCAACCAGCUGGCCACCGUCAUGGCUGACAUUGGCAAACAGGAAGCCAUGAUAUUCCUGGUCUCUGAUGGCGAGUGCUAACCCAGAAAAGUGGGCGAGAGACUGGUGCAGAGGAUAAAGUACAGAACACAACAACAACACACACACACACACACAAAAAACAACAACAACUGCAGCAGGAAUCGAAGAGAAAAGCUGUCCCAAUGUCCCUCUUCUUCACCUCAGAAGAUAGCAAAGGGUUUAUGUAUGAUUGAGUCCCUGUUUCCCAUCGAACACAGUAGAAAUCUUUAAACAGACCAAAUGAGGGAAAAAGGAAGCGUUUGGGUGUGUGGGGAAAUGUAUCCAUGAACUCGGUGAAGAAGAUACCCUUUAUUUUCCAUCAAAGAUUGAAAGUUAAAUUACUCCACACCAUGGUUCUACUUUGAAGAUGAAAUCAAACUAACUUCAUGCCUUUUUAUAUAAAUAGCCCAUCGAUGGCUAAUAAGGAGCAAUAUGCAAACGUAAUGCUAUCAACUAAUGGCCAAUAUUUCAAAUUCAAUGAAUCAUUUUUUGAAGCUAGGAGAUGAUUAUGUUUUAAAUAAGAGGGAUGUGACAAAAGGUGCCAGUCAUUUCAGGUUGGAGAGGACAGGCGACAUAUGCAACUGGCAGGUUUGCUACACAACAUUAUCUCCGACACUGAGUACAUUUUCAACAAGGUCAUCAGGGUCUGUGAGCGCCCCCCCGUCCACUCUCUAUUUGUGUCUAUCUGUUUCCAAAAACACACAUUGACGGCGUGUAGCACAUCCUGAACUUGCAGGUUUUUAAAAUAGAUUGUAUGUCAGAGGCCCAAAAACCCAUCUCAACUUGUUUGUGUGUGUGUGUGUGAGUGUUUUUUUUUCCCUUCUUCUUCUUUUUGUCCAGCCGGUAUCACUACAGUGAAUGUAACAUCUUGACAUCUUGAUUCAGUGAGAUGCUUCGCAGCUUUCCUGCUUCUAAAUCAAUAUACGUGGGGUUUGUGUUCUUUUUGUGAGUGAAUAAUGUCUUCACUAAAAUCAUAUUUGAGAAGCCAUUUCUAUAGAAAAGCCUGUGAUCUUGAUAUGUCCAGUUCAUUUCAUGUCUCACAUUGCCCCAUUCCUUAUUCAAAUUCCACAGCUAAUGAAGGAGCCAUAGGGCCGAAAGGCGUUUUCCAGGCUGCAUAUAUGUGAACAUUGAACUCAUUUCUAUAAUGACAUUUUCACCCUGAUUACAUUAAUUCUGUAGCAGAGUGGAAGUUAAACAUAAAAGAAUGGCCAAAAGGGUUAUUAUCCCAUAUGAAUAAUGCAGGGCACUUUCCCCACAGAAGAUCUGACAACAAAUUCUUCAAAAUCGUCAGCAGAUUACUCACAUUGAAAAAGGCAGCGUGCGCAGCUUUGUUUUCAUAAUUCAUAAAGCAAUGUUAGUGGGAAUUCUGUAUUUGCUGUGUGGCAAACAGCAUUUCCACAUCAGAGAAACUGCUCUGUCUCUCAGAGAAAGUGAAGAGUGGCUUAUACAUAUUGUCACGCCUCUGCUUGAAAAAGAUGCUUUGAAAGGGUUUUGUUAGUUUUCUAGGCAGGAUGGAAAAAAAAAAAAAAAAAAGAUCUGUGCAGCCAAUCAUAAACUGCAGCUACUGCUUAUCGCUGCACUCGCUUAUCAUAUUUUGCUACUUGCAUUCAUUUACACUUUUCUUUUCUUUUUGUUGUUGUUAUUAUUAAUGGAUUUGUCAGGCAACUACACACACAGUAUCUUUAAAGUCCAGUGGUUCAGUAAUUAUUCUUUUAAAAAAAAAAAGGUGUGAGCACUCCCAAACUAGCCAUAGUUCUCUCUCCGUCUGCCUCAGGGUUGCAUGUGAAGUUGUCUGUUGUUAAGAGAGCCCCCCCCCCCCCCUGCCUUUUUUCAUUCAAACAGCUCCACAGCCCAUCCUACUAGCUCCUGUGGCUUCAAACCUUUAACACUAACUGGAGCCUCUUUUAUGAUUGUCAGAUAUUUGGAAUGUAAAUUUAUGUUUCCUUGUAGUGGGGGAAAAGUGUGUCUUGUUUCUUUUAUCAAAGUAAAUCAAUACACGCGUGGCAUCUCUGCACGCUCUUUUUCAUCUUCUGAAACACGCCUCCUUUAGACACAUUUUCAUCGUUUGAUGUAGAGAUGCCAUCAUAUCAAAUUGAACCUUCUUUUUUAUUCGCUUUAUUCAAACCCCCGCCUUCCCCCUUCAGACUAAAACGGCGACAUCACCUUAAACGAAUCUUUUCAUGUUGAAACAGAUCAUCGUCACGUGUAAUAUGUAAAUACUUUUUCUAUACCAGCCGUGUGCUGUCACUUUGCAUACUGUAUAUCAGCAGAAUUGGUAACCAAAGUUUUAUGAAUAUCAUUUGAGGCGACUACAUCCUCAUACUGUAUUGUAUCCAUUAAAUCUUGUUUCGGCGUUGUUUUACUUGCAGCUAGUAUAGAAAGUAAAUCUGAGUUGCUGUCUCUUCUAAAACUGCGGGCUUGGAAGUCCAAAAUCAUUUAUCUCAUUUCUUCGCUUUUGUCCUUGAGGCGAGUUAAUGCUGUUUGUUCAAGCAGUAAUAUGUGUCGUUUUUAUUUUCUCACUUUGUAAAGAAAUGUAAAUUAUAUUUUAAUAUGAAGCCAAAAAAAAAGAAAGAAAAACACUUAACUGGCGCAGCAUUUGUCAAGUCUAAACCGUGACGUGUUUGCCUAUAUACUGUUCUUUGGCGAUCUAGCAGUGAAGACUUUUUGCAGUGUUAAGGGUUUAGAGACUGUUUUACAGGAAGUUUCUAUACAUAUUUUGUUCGUCCUUACUCUGCAUAUGUCUACCUGAUUUAUUUCUCUAACUGUAAGCAUUUAAAACACAACUAACGCUUAGUGAGUCACUGCACUGGGACUGCGCGGAGGGUGAUUGGAGAAAAGAGGACAUCAGUUCUUGGGACACUGACGAGUGUUAAUGCAGCAUGUUUUCGAUGAGCCAUGACAGUUGUACAGUCAGACUGUGUGUGAAACUCUAUCACCCCUGUCAUUGUCUUGGAUGUGUUGUCUAAGCACAUUUCAGUAAUGUAAUUCACCAGCCGCCAGGAUGUUUAGCAUCUAUCUUCACAUCGAACUCGUCCAACAAAUCUAACAAAUUUACAAUUACCGUAUGUGUGUGUGUGUGUGAUGAAUACAGUUAGCUUCAUGAUGAAGUCUGGGCCUGAUAGUUGUGUGUCAGUAACAAACGCUUUGAUCAAGGGUUUAUAAGUUUACCCCGAGUUAUGGGGGGAAAAUCGUUGCAUCUUACAGCUGUACUUUUUGUGUCGCUCAUUACUAUUCAGUGUCAAGGACGUGUGUGUGUGUGUGUGAGCGUGAAAGAGACAGAGAGAGAGGAGGGCUGUGUGUGUGUGUGUGUGUGUGUGUGUGCAUACCUCCCUGUCACUCUGACUAAACGGUUUUCUUUUUAAACUAUGAACAAUAGACUUCUGUACUUGUGAAUGGUUUUUCUAUUUAGUUCCUUGAUUCAAUGUCCCUUGCCUUUCUGCAAGUCAAAAAUGCUGUAUUUAUUACAUGCCACAGCGCUUAUGCAAUUGUAUAAUCCUUCAGUUUUUUUUGGUUUUGUUUUUUAACCCUUCGUUUUCCUUGUCGUCAAUGUAAAUUGUUGUCAAAACUUUUGUGGCAAAGGAAAAACUUCUGCUAAGGGAGAUUUUCUGUACUUUUUUGGACAAUGAUAUGGAUUUGUGGGUAGAAUUUUGGAAAUUCGUUUCUAAGUGCUUUCAAGUAUUUACUUGGCCUUAUGUAUAUAUAUAUCUAUGACAUUUCAGAAAGGUAUGUAUAGUAAUUCAACCUGAAAUUGUUGUAAAUAAAUUAUAUAUUGUUAAAUGAAGGACUGAUCUUUUUACUUGAUAAUUAACUUGUGUUGCACAUCAAUUAAUUUUAAAAGUACAUGUACUGUUAAAUGUUACAGGGCAGGCUUCAAGCAUCUCAAUAUUAGUCAGAUCAUAAAAGAGGUUUGACAUAGAAAAAUACAGUCAGACGCAUUUCGGAGAGCUUGAUUAUUAAAAAGGUGGCCGUGAUUAGAAGAAAAAAAAAAAGGUGUGUGAAGAGUGUGUGUGUCAAGCACUACUUUUUUAUUUCCACCUUAGAUUUUAAAUAAUGAAGUUAGAUCUCAUCUCCCUCGCUGCCUGGCAACCUCAUGCUGCUGACAAGACUCCAGGAGGAAAUUAACCAGCAGUGAAGUUCGUGUGAAACCACAAAUGUUUCAGUUUUACUUCACUGUAGCUCCUGAUUAUUUCACGUACACUCUGAUGAACUGUCAGACAAAGUAAGGUUUUAAAAAAUGCAUGUUUGGUUUGAUGGAUAACUCAAGACACUCAAAGUACAACAGCACCAAAGACUGUUUACUGUGACUGUGAGCAGGUCUGACUUAGGACUCCUUUGGAUUUCAUCUCUCAGACUAGGGAGCCACUUUCAGCCCUGAAACGCUUUGUGAAUUACUUUUAGACCAAACACACAGGAAUCCUACUGACCUGGCCCUUGUUUUUCCCAGCUGGGAGAAAUUUCUAACCUCAGGAUCUCAUCUGUCUUAGAAAGCUUAUAUAAAAUGUACACUAAGUAUCUUCAACAUGUAACAUUUAAGAGUAAAAUGCUUAAUUCAAAUGAUUUUAAUGACUAAACAGGUUUUUCAGCUGCAGCAAUGCUUUUAUAUGUUGUUAGGGAGCAGGUGUUAGUGAGAGCAAAGUCAGCCAAAACAUCAGUCAAUAGAAAAUCUUACAGAUGGGUUCACCUCAGAAACACAUCAGCCCAGUGAUCUGCCCCAGAACGUGGCAUUACAGAUUAAUUUUAUUUGAAACGUCCAGCAACUGUAAAAACAACACUUACAGGCCCAUUCAGAAGCAAUAUAAAUAUAUAAUAAACCAUAGCUUGAAAGUACUCAAAGGAACAAUCACAAUAAUCAUAGUAACAUGAGGGACAAAUGUUUUUGUGUUUUUUCUUACCUUGAAAUGUCUGAUAAAUUGAGUGUAAAAACAAUAAUAGCAAAUUCUUUGUCACCCACAUCUAUGAAUACUAAAAAAAGACCAAUUAAGGUUUAAUAAAUGACUCAGAAUUAUAGUUAUUAACUGCAGUGUGUGCUCUGAUUUGCUGGAGCCAAAGUGAUAAGUAGAGCAACGAGUGCUUCUGUGGAGAGGUGCAGGAGUCCAAUCAGGCAGAAAAAGGGCACCCCCUUUUCUGCUUGACUGGACCCCAUCACAUUAAUAGGCACUAUAGUAAGAGUCGAUGAGUGGGCCGGGGUCCUAAUAGGGGCCACCAAUUCUCUACACUUGGUACUGGAGUAGUGGCAAAUCAUUACAGCAAUAUGUGAGAUUAUUAGUGGCUAAGUGACUCCUUCAACUUGGAAGAUACUGACUUGAUCUUACUUCAGACUGAACAAGGUGGACGUCAGCAGAGUCUGGAGGAUUUUUCAUUGAUGGCUACGAUUAAAUCUAGAUGAACUUCAGCUCAGUUUCUACUGUCUAAUCUAAAAAA